AUGACUUCUACUCCAUACUUGCUUCAGCCAGUUUCAAACAUCUGCUUGGCUAUGCUGGACAAGCAGUUCAGUCAUUAUGUCUUUAUUUCAGCCCUUGUUCUUUGCAUUUUGAUCGGGUACAAACUCUUCAUUAAGAGAGAUGAUGCCCGCCUACCUACUGGACCAAGGCCUCUCCCGAUUGUUGGCAACAUUCAUCAGAUGUUGACUCAGCGCCCCAUCGAAGUGGUGCACAAAUGGCACCAAAACUAUGGCACCAUGGUGGCCUUCCGCUAUGGCCAACAACUGGCCAUCAGCAUUGGCUCUUUUGAUAUUGCACAAGAACUGUUGGCCAAGCGAGGUGCUAUCUACAGCUCACGUCCUCAAUUUGCUAUUGCGGCCCGCAUGACCCGCGGAGUCAACUCGGCUAUCAUGCCAUAUGGCAAGGAAUGGCAGAACCAGCACCGUAUCAUGAGCUCAUUGCUAGACUCUACUACAGUCAAUCGAUAUUGCCUCCUAGAAAACAUGGAAAGCAAGCAAGCUCUCUCCGAACUCCUGGAUAGCCAUGAAUUUGAGGCAAUCAUACGCCGCUAUGCUGGUAGUAUCGUUAUGACACUUGGGUACGGCAUCCGACUGGAAACAACUGACAACGAUAUCCCCGUCCAACUCCUAGCUCUCAAAAAUCAUCCCUUCGAUGCCAUCGGCAAUAGCUAUUACCGUGUGGUUGAGCUGUUCCCAGUCCUUGACAAGCUACCGGAAUGCUUAGCACCUUGGAAGAGGUUCUCGGACAACGUGGAACAAGAAACCACCAAGUUCCAUAUGAAACAUUUCGAGAUCGGCAAGUCAGCGUCUACGUGGAACUGGGUCCAGAAUGCCCUGAAAACAAAGGCGGGGUCGCAGAUCGCGUCCACAGAACUUGCCUAUGUGAUAGGGACGCUUCAGCAAGCCGGCUUCGAAGCUAUUCUUACCGUUCUACGCCUGAUUAUCAAAGCCAUCGUGCUGCACCCGCAGUGCUUAAAGGAGGCCCAGCGAGAGCUAGAUCGAGUUGUUGGGCCCGAUCGGCUCCCUUCUUCUGAAGAUAUCCCUCAAUUGCGAUACAUCAACGCUAUCUUGAAUGAGGCUAUGCGCUGGCAGCCGCCGACUCCAUUUGCAAUUCCGCAUGCAACUACGCAGGACGACGAAUACAUGGGAUACCAGAUACCAAGUGGUACAGUGAUUAUUCCCAACAUCUGGGUCAUGUCUUUCGAUCCGAAGGUUUUCCCAGAUCCGCAUAAUUUCAAGCCAGAGAGGUGGAUCGACAACCCAGACCUUGAACACAGCCCGUUCGGCUUCGGUCGGAGGAUUUGCCCUGGCAGGCAUCUGGGCUGGAAUAGCGUUUUCAUUCUCAUGGCACGACUCAUGUGGGCGUACAAUAUUACUCACUCGUACAAAGGUGGGAAGAGAAUUGAAAUCGACCCGUGGGAUAUCAAAUUGACGUUUACAGCAGCAUCUAGGCCGUUCAAGGCCUCAUUUGAAGUUCGAGAACCGAAGAAGCAGGAGAUCAUAGAGAGGGAGUGGGAGAAUGCGACUAAGGAUCCUGUUCAAAUUUUGGAGGAAAUCGGGCGAAAGACCGGGUGA